AUGGCGCACGACCUGCAGGACGACUUGGAGUUCGUCGCCGCCGGCCACGAUUACGACGACUUCGAGUUCGACGAUGCCGGCGGCAACGGGCUCCGAACCUCCGGCGGCGCUUCCCAAUACCAGCUGAAUACUGAGAUGAACGACACUUCAGCCUUGGAGUACAGACAAGGGAAGGACAUGCAGGAGAUACCCUGGGAGAGAUUGAACUACAGCAGGGAUCAGUACCGUCAGAUGAGGCUAAAACAGUACAAGAACUACCAGAGCCUCGCUAGGCCGCGGGAUGCACUGGCAAAGGAAUGCCAACGAGCGGAGACAAGAGACGCCUUCUACGAUUUUCACUUGAAUACAAGACAUGUCAAGCCAACAAUAGUGCACUUUCAGCUGAGGAACCUCCUGUGGGCUACGUCCAAGCAUGAUGUGUACGUGACACAGAACUAUUCUGUGAUGCAUUGGUCAUCCCUACUCCGGAGAGGAAAAGAAGUGCCCAAUGUGGCAGGCCCAAAUCAGGAUAUGCGGGGAGGUCGGCCCUUGUCAAGGGUGCAGAUCAGCACCAUGAUGGUGAAAGACAACCUCCUGGCGGCUGGUGGUUUCCAUGGGGAGUUGAUAUGCAAGUAUGUUGAUCAACCCGGAGUGGCGUUCUGUACCAACCUGGCCGGCAACAAGAAGUCCAUCACCAACGCCGUCGAGAUCUACAAAUCACCAAAUGGCUCCACCCGGGUGAUGGCUGCCAACAACGACUGCGUCGUCAGAACUUUUGACACGGAGAAGUACAGCCUGCUCACCCAGUUCCCCUUUGCGUGGUCCGUCAACAACAUGUCCGUCAGCCCCGACGGGAAGCUGCUCGCGGUGCUCGGUGAUAGCUCCGACUGCCUCAUCGCCGAUUCAGGCUCCGGUCAGGAAAUCGCGAGCCUGCGCGGGCACGCGGACUACUCGUUCGCGUCGGCGUGGCACCCGGACGGGCGCGUGCUGGCCACGGGCAACCAGGACAGGACGUGCCGGCUGUGGGACGUGCGCAACCCGUCCGAGGCGUUCGCGGUGCUGGAGGGGAGGAUCGGCGCCGUCAGGGGGCUCAGGUUCUCGCCGGACGGCCGCUUCCUGGCCGCGGCGGAGCCGGCGGACUUCGUCCGCGUCUACGACGUGGCGGCCGGGUACGCCCGCGCGCAGGAGAUCGAUCUGUUCGGGGAGAUCGCCGGCGUGUCCUUCAGCCCCGACGACGGCGCGGAGGCGCUGUUCGUGGGCGUCGCCGACCGUACGUACGGCAGCCUGCUCGAGUUCCGCAGGAGGCACCGUCACGCCUACCUCGACUGCUACCUGUGA